ACUCCAGAGCGCGCUCGAAUUCCAGUGUGACUGUUCGAAAAUUUGGUGCUUUGCUAAUUUUUUUUUCGUUCAGAAAUUCAGAGUGCACCAAAAUAUGAGUGUCAGUGCGUGUACUCGGCGUGCUGGCUGCAUUCGGAAAAUAAGGGGAGCGGAACUCUCCGAACACACCCACUCGCAGAGUAGUGCAAUGGGGAUGAGUGUAAAUUUCCGAACGCGCCCAUUGUCACCCAAUGAAGACUGUUUCUUUUGUGACUGGUGUUCGAGACGUCAGUUUCGGGAUACAGAUGAUGAAUAGCUGCCUCUGGGGAGUCCCCUGAAAUAUCGGAAUCUCUUCCAGCCACAAAUGCAAGAACCGACACAAAUGCACGCAGUUUAUCCCCUCAUCAUCCAUCGUUAACCCAGAAAAUGCCUAACGUACGGAACGGUAACAGUUAGCUUGGCUCGUUAGCCUGCCAUUUCUAUAGCACCGUAUUUCAAUAAAGGAAAAGCUAUCCUCGUGUAUCAAGCGCACGCAUUUUCCAAACCUAUCGACUAGACUUUACGUGGGUAUGAUCGAUUGCUGCUUCCAUUAUCUGAUACAUCGAAACGACAGUCAUAAUUUGGAUUAACCGCAACACUGUUGGACAGAGAGCUAUUGUCUGAGCCUUCACAGGUGCAGUAUCCUGAUCAAUUGGAUUGGAAGGUUUUUGAUGGACAACUAUUUGAUUUGAAUUGUUUGCAAUGUUUCAAGUCCAAACACCAAAGGACCCAAACUGUCCAGCAAACAGACAUCUGAUCUUAGUAGGAAGUGCUUGUUAGGGUGUGGAUUUUUUGGCCAAUAUACUCAAAAAUCUCAAAACCUUCAAAUAUCAGUGACCUAAGAUUUUUCUAUAGGUCAAACAAAAGUUUCUAUUUCCAAUUCAAGUGCAUUGUUGCUUUUUCUAAAAAUCAAUUGCUGGCUAAUAAAGAGGGAAACUGUGUAGGCACGAGAGUCAUGUAUGUGGAAGUGCAAGCCUGUAAGCGUGCUUAGAUUGUUGUUAACAUCGUAGAAAUAUUAAAUUAGUGGAGACGCUGUGGCCCAAUAAAAGUAAUCUUAAAAGCUGGUGAUUUUACCUUGAACUGAUGUUACCUUACCCCUCUGCAAAUUACUCGGAAUAAUAUUUUUUAGUUGUUGUGUAAUUUUGCCUAUGAAAAUUUAAAGGACAUGAAUUACACCCAAACCAUUUUCUGAAGUUUGGCAACAUCAGUUCUUUUUUGUCAAUGCAAUCUCUGAUGCAGCUCAUAUGUCAGGCGGUCUGAAUCACUUGCCUUUUUUUUAAAUGUCCACCUGUAGGAAAAGCACGCUUCUAGAUUGGCACAUUUAUGGACUGCUGUGCCUAAUAUGUAUGUUGGAUUGAAAGCAAGUUGUAUUUAUUUAUUAUUUUUCUGAAACAGUUGCAGAUGCUCUGAAUUCAGAUCUCGGUUUCAUAUGACUGUAAGAUUACAAAAAAACGUUUUCAAAUUUGGCUUGACUUAUAAGCAAGUGCACUUCAGAAUGACAAGUGGAAGGCUAAUGUCUUAGACUGUUUCAAAUGUGUCUUUCAAAAGACAGGUUUUCCCCUGUCUACUCAUUUGCUAUAUCCAACUCCCUUAUUUUGAUAUAUCCAACAGAUCAAAUGGAACAUGUUAAGUUAUGAUGUUAAACAAAAAAUAUCUUUUGAGCAUUCAAGCUACAAUUCUGAAUUCAUUGAUUACUGCAGAGUACUUGAUGUCAAUGUUUUGUGGGUAACACCAUAAUUGCAUUUUAUUGUUGAUUUUAUUUUCGUGAAUUUCGUUGCUGAAACAACUUUAUUUUUUGUAUUGGUGUCUGGACUUUUCUUGAGAUCAUGUAUUUUUGUCCAAUAGAAGAGUGAUAACCUAGUUCAUGUUAUCCCUGCAUUCUCUUUUGAUUGAUUUGAUUAAGUUGUUCUCAAUUUAAAUUUUGUUUCUAUAAAUCCUAAUUUGAAUUUACAAAUCCACUUGGUACACCAGUAAGAACAUUUAACUGAAUGACAACUCCCACAGCAUUGCAGAUGAGAACCAAAACAUCACUGCACAGUUAGGGAGGGAUGCCUGGUGGCAGUCAUAAGAGUGAAGGGCAGGGUCCAGACUCUUCUCCCCUGCCCCAUUCUGUGAACCUGUCCAGAAGACCUCUGCGACUCUCACGCUAUGUUCCUGUAUCAGCAGCCACUUUCUUCUUGGUUGGCUCAACCACACUGUUCUUCUGCUUCACUUGUCCAUGGAUUUCAGAGCGUUUCUCUGUAGCUGUUCCCAUUUAUAAUGGCAUCAUAUUUCUGUUUGUUUUGGCCAACUUCUGUAUGGCUACAUUCACGGAUCCAGGCAUCUUUCCAAGAGCUGAGGAGGAUGAGGAUAAGGAUGAUGACUUCCGUGCUCCUCUUUAUAAAACUGUGGAGAUCAGAGGAAUCCAGGUCAGGAUGAAAUGGUGUUCAACUUGUCACUUCUACCGGCCACCACGUUGCUCCCACUGCUCUGUCUGUGACAACUGUGUUGAGGAAUUUGACCACCACUGUCCUUGGGUUAAUAACUGCAUCGGCAAGAGGAAUUACAGAUACUUCUUCCUCUUCCUCCUUUCUCUGACUGCCCACAUCAUGGCUGUUUUCGGCUUUGGGUUGCUCUUCAUUUUCUAUCAUCACCACUCCAAUGAUCGCCUGCAUGUGAUUGUUACGCUGGCUGUAAUGUGUGUUGCAGGCCUGUUUUUCAUUCCAGUUGCUGGUCUCACUGGUUUCCACAUUGUUCUUGUGGGAAGGGGCAGAACUACCAAUGAGCAGGUGACUGGAAAGUUCAGAGGAGGCGUUAACCCUUUUACCAAUGGGUGUUGGAAGAAUGUCACUCAUGUCCUCUGCAGUUCACAGGCACCCAGAUAUUUGGCAAGGAAGAGGUAUGUCCACAGUGUGUGUGUGCAGCCUCCAUUUCCACGGCCACAACUGACUGAGACGCAGCUAACCACAAAGAUCCUGGGCAAUGGUUUACAAGGAGAUCUGCAUAGGUCCAAAUCAAGUCUGGAUAUGCAAGAGAGCCAAUUAUGUGAUGCUGAACUGCCUCCUUCAAAACCGGAACUCCGCUACCAUGGAAUCACAACAGGGAGCACAGAAGAUUACGAUCUACUUAACAAAACACCUCCUACUCCAACCAUGUAUAAAUACAGACCUUCUUGCAGUCCUGGAAAGAACCACAUUCCACUUACCAAUGCUUAUGCAAGCCAGUUAAGUCGAGGAAAGAGGGAUGUUAUCAGUAGGGAUUCCUCCUCAACCUCAUCCCUCAUUCAAUCCAUCCAUCAACCUGGUUUUUGCUCACAACCUAGCUUGGACCAGAGGGACACUUCUGACAGAGGGGGGGGAGUACCUGGAGAGGAGAGAAAAGAGAGUGGAGUAAGCCGAAUCUCUGACUAUUCUCGACGCUCCUACCCCUUAUUUUCUGACUCUGUCGUCCUGUCAGGAGUUGCUUCACAAUCUUCUGGUUCCAUGCAAACCUCAGCAUGUAGUGCCCAGGUCUCUGAAACAACCACUACCUCAAGCAGCUUCAAAAGCUUAGCUAAUCAGAGUCCUCCACCUCCCCAUCUAGCUCAUAACGGAAAUCUGUCAUGGGACAGCUUAAUGGCUGCAAAAGAUGGUUUUGACAAAGGGGCGCCAUCAGGAUUGAACAUUUCUGAGAUUUCAUCCAGAAGACCCUGCUCUCCAGCGGAAGGUGGCUACAUCUCCUCCUUUCAUUCUUCAAAACUGAGAGAUGCUGAAAUGCAUUGCCAGUCUCCCAAGCAUCAUAACCCCCUCCUGCAUCGGUCAGCCACUUCCACAUGCUCCUCUCCUCCAGAGAGAGAGCAUCUGUUGGUGGAACCACAGCAAAGCAAUCGCCCAUUGCCUUUCUGCCAAUCUUUUGUGCCACCUCCAUCCGCUGCUCAACAUCCACCACACCAUCACCACCAACGUCGUUCCCAUCAUCAUCAUCACAAUCAUCAUCAUUCUCACCAUCAUCACCACCAUUCAUCAAGCGUCCACCCUUCUCGUUUCAUUGCUCCUCACCUGCCCCAACAUUCCUACCCACACCGAGCAUACUCCAGUGAUAUCCCUUUGGGUUUGACAUCAUCUUCUAAAAACCACCCUUCCCACUCCCCACACCACCCACCUCUUGGAAAAUCACUGUCCUACUCAAGUGCCGCUGCUGCUGAAAUGCAGUACAAGCUAAUUCGAAAGGCCUCCUCAGCAGCUGGAGCAAAUGGAGAAGUCAUAGCCGGAGGAAUGGUGGGAGGAAUACAAGCACCAAAGUAAGUAGAGUUAGACCAGAUUGAACUGCUCAGACCAGAUCGACGAGAUGGAACUGCUCAGUUGGACUAGUACAGCUUUUUUUAGUCAUCCUCCUACUCAACUUCCUCUGCCUCCCACCGCGUCAACCAAUCAGCUAGAGUGACAGGCUCAGCAAUUGUUCAGCCCCGAACCGAUUUGCAGGUUCAUUUUGAGAUUCUGAGAAGACUAUUUAUUAACUCUGUCUGUUAUGCUGACCUUAAAAACUGCUCGUAAAAUUGAAUUAUUUGAUAUAAACAAGACCAAAAUGGGACCAGGCUAUUAAAAAAAAUAUAAAAAAUACAAUCAAUUGAACAGGCCCACGUGUAUCAGCCUGUGGUUGGGAAUGAUGAUACUUGUUCUAUUAAUGCAUAUUAAAUUCAUUCUCUGAAAGGGAAAAAUGAACAAAUGCUAAUUCCCUUUUUAUUGUUUAUUUUUAAGUGUGAAUAUUCAAAGUUAAUUAUAAUAAAUGAUAAUGUGGUUUGAAAUGUGAAUUUCCUUAUUCUACUUUUGUUAAUGAUAUUGUUAUAUUCUAGAUACAGCAUGUACAUUAUUAUUAGUAGCCAGUGUAGGCCAUGUUGGACAAGGUUAAGGAUAAAGUUAGUGACAAGGUAAAUAUUUCUCAAAAAUAUUUUGAAAUUGAUUUUCAAGGGCUUUACAAUAUAAGUGUUGUGCUUUUAAUUUUUGUUUUACUCUAUGGAUUACAUUUUGUUGAUCUAAAAAGAAAGGGGGUUAAAUGUGUAGAUAAGUCAAGGUGGCUUCCUUUAAUAGUUUGGUUGAAUCUCUGCAGAUUAUAAACUGUUGUUUUAUAUCAUCAAAUUUUAAUUUAACGAUCAAUUUGUUAAUAAAAUGCUAACUUACUCUAA